CACGUUGCGAAGACGACGGCCGGGUCGCCGGGAGAUUUCCGAAUUCCGGUUCCCUUCCCCUCCCCUCCACAGCCGGAGGUCGGAGGAGGAGAUGGCCACGCCGGCGCACGCGAAGGUGGCGCGCGCGCUUGCGUCCUCCGCGGCGGCGCUCGUGCUGCUGUGGUGCGUCCAUUUCCGCGGUGGUCUCUCCCUUGGCUCCCCAACCAACAAGGGCCUCAUCUUCAACGUGCAUCCUGUGCUUAUGCUGAUAGGAUUCAUCAUCCUAGGGAGUGAAGCCAUAAUGAGCUACAAAAUACUGCCAUGGAGUCAUGAUACAAAUAAGAUGGUUCACAUGCUUCUUCAUGCUGUUGCACUCUUCCUAGGUUCUGUUGGGAUAUAUGCUGCCUUCAAGUUCCACAAUGAAAGUGGAAUCGCUAAUCUCUACAGCUUGCAUUCGUGGAUUGGACUCGGAACUAUCUGCCUGUAUGGUAUACAGUGGCUACUUGGCGUUACAACCUUCUUCUUCCCUGGUGCUUCGCCAACAGUGCGGCGCAGAAUGCUCCCAUGGCACGUUCGCUCCGGGCUUGUCGUCUACAUGCUGGCACUGCUUGCGGCAGAGUUGGGGUUCCUGGAGAAGCUCACCUUCCUUCAGGCCAACGGCCUCGGCAGGUACAGCUCGGAGGCCCUGCUGGUGAACUUCACAGCUCUUCUCGUGGUACUGCUUGGCGCUUCUGUUGUGCUGUUUGUCACUGCUCCAAUGCACAACGAGCACACGCAUGGGUAUUCAGCAGUGCACAAGCCCUGAAGGCCUGAACGACUGAUACAGCCUCAUCUGUUCCAGACUUCCAGUUGGUGUAUCCUUGUAAGAAUCAAAUCCAAUCAAAUUUUGCCCGGCCUUAUUUACCUGAAUUGUUGGGACUUACUGUAAUAGAUAGUUCAGAAUUAGCAGUGUGUACAUUUGUAAUGAUACUGCAAAAUGCAUUUCCCUCCUGUGGUUUAACAAUAAGAGUAACUGAAAGAAAGGUCUAUACUGAA